GCCGCCGCAGCGUCCCCCGCCGCGCGCCGGGCCAUGCGGAGAGCCGCCGGCAUGGAGGACUUCGCCGAGGAAGAGGAGCCCUGGUAUGACCAGCAGGACCUGGAGCGGGACUUGCACCUGGCCGCGGAGCUGGGAAAGACGCUGCUGGAGAGAAACAAGGAGCUGGAGGAGUCUCUGCAGCAGAUGUACUCCACCAACGAGGAGCAGGUGCAGGAGAUUGAGUACCUGACCAAGCAGCUGGACACGUUACGACACGUCAAUGAGCAGCAUGCCAAAGUAUAUGAGCAGCUGGACGUGACAGCCCGCGACCUGGAGCUGACCAACCAGAAGCUGGUGCUGGACAGUAAGACUGCCCAGCAGAAGAUCCAUGGGCUGACGGAGACCAUUGAGCGCCUGCAGGCUCAGGUGGAGGAGCUGCAGGCCCAGGUGGAGCAGCUACGGGACCUGGAGCAGCUGAGAGUCCGCCGGGAGAAGCGGGAGCGCAGGCGCACCAUCCACACCUUCCCCUGCCUCAAGGAGCUGUGCACCAGCCCCCGGUGCGAGGAUGCCUUCCGCCUGCACAGUUCCUCGCUGGAGCUGGGCCCGCGGCCCCUGGAGCAGGAGAAUGAGCGGCUGCAGACCCUGGUGACGGCGCUGCGCGCACAGGUGGGCCAGGAGCGGCAGCGCAGGGAGCGCGCGGAGCGCGAGUACGCGGCGGUGCUGCAGGAGUACGCGGAGCUGGAGCGGCGCCUGGGCGAGCUGGAGGGCUGCCGCCUGCGCGUGCAGGAGCUGGAGGCCGAGCUCCUGGAGCUGCAGCAGAUGAAGCAGGCCAAGACCUACCUGCUGGGCCGCGAGGACCACCUGGCCGAGGCCCUGCUGGAGCCGCUCACGCAUGCCCCCGAGGCUGAUGACCCCCAGCCAGGCAGUGGCGACCUGGGCGCCCAGGAUGGCACCGCCUCUCCAGCCGCCUCGCCAGGGCACGCUGUGCGCAAGAGCUGCAGCGACACGGCACUCAACGCCAUCGUGGCCAAAGACCCCGCCAGCCGGCACGCGGGCAACCUGACGCUGCACGCCAACAGCGUGCGCAAGCGGGGCAUGUCCAUCCUGCGCGAGGUGGACGAGCAGUACCACGCGCUGCUCGAGAAGUACGAGGAGCUGCUGAGCAAGUGCCGGCAGCACGGGGCCGGCGUGCGGCACGCGGGCGUGCAGACCUCCAGGCCCAUCUCCCGGGACAGCUCGUGGCGGGACCUGCGAGGGGGCGAAGAGGGCUCGGGGGACGCCAAGGCGGGGGACAAGAGCCUGAGCCAGCACGUGGAGGCCGUGGACAAGCGGCUGGAGCAGAGCCAGCCCGAGUACAAGGCGCUCUUCAAGGAGAUCUUCUCCAGGAUCCAGAAGACCAAGGCGGACAUCAACGCCACCAAAGUCAAGACCCCCAGCAGCAAGUGAGGCCUCCUC